CCGCUCGCACGGGACUCCGCCGCGGCAAUGAGCGACCCGGACGAGCUGUCGGCCGCCGACAAGCCACGCAAGCGUCGAAAAUGGGACGAGUCGGUGUCGACAGAGGCCGGCACCACCGCCGAUGCCGCCGCGCCGGAUGCCGAGGCCGCCCCACGCAGCCGCUGGGCGCCCGCCGACGCGCCGCCAUCGGAAGGCCGGCCUCUGACCGCCGUCGAGAUUCAGCUCGUGGAGGCGGCGGCAACCGCCGUCGCGCGAGGCGGCACCGCUGCCGAGGCCAACCUCCGUGUCAACCCCACUUUUGCGCCAAUCUUUGAGCCGGGAUCGAAGAUGCAUGCGCUGUACGGGGAGCGGGUCGCAAUGCACCGGACGGUCGCGCAGCGUGUUGCGUCGCUCCAGGCCAAGCCGGCUAUCGCCGCCGCGGCCGCCGCGGCCGCCGCGGCCGCCGCGGCCGCCGCGCAGCAUGCGGCCCAGCCGGGCGGGUCCUUUGUCAGCACCGGCGGCGGCGGGCGUGUCUUCUACCCGCCCAGCGGCGGCGGCAUGCUGCCCGUCUCCUCCGGCAUGCUGCCCGUCUCCUCCCUGCCCAUCUCCUCUGCGCCUCCCGCCCCUGUGCGCGGCGCGCUCCCCGUCGCGCCAGAGGGAGGCGGCUUCUCUGCCGCGCCCGGAGGCAUCGGCCGCGUCUUCUUCCCGCCUCCCGCCUCCGAGCUGGCCGGGCAGGAGGAGGACGCCUCUCGUGUGCCCCGGCGCCGGCACCCGCGCCCCCGGUCGGA